AUGACGUUACAGUACAUUUUUGAGGUGUAAAGUGAUAAGUUCUAAGGAAAUUAAUAAAAAUGUUCUGCUCUAAACUUCCAACUGUGAACCAAGUCAGGCUAAUAUCGGAACACUGCAUCAGAAAUCGAUUAACUCUAACAUCUUUAUUAUCAGGAAACCAGAGGAACUUCUUCGGUUCAUCACAUGAAAUAGAAAAUAAAGUAUACGAGAACAAGGAGAAACUGAUAGCAAAUUUCUCACUGAUAGAAAAGUGUGUUAAAGAAACGUUUGAUUAUGAAAUACUCGCUGAGACAUAUGACGAAGUUUUAGGGAGUAUGAAUUACAUAUCUACAGGGGGCAAAAUGUGGAGACCCUGCAGCUUAAUAUGCACCUACAAGCUGCUAGAAAAACCGGAAAACAUCACUGAGGAAAAUCUAAAACUUGCGUAUAUUUAUGCCUGGUGCACUGAAAUUAUUCACGGCUUGGGAGCCCUCAUUGACAACAUUCAAAGAACUGCUCUGAUGCGAAGAAAUAAAAAAAGCUUUAUCUUUUUACCAGAAAUUACAGAAAAUGUUAUGUCUUAUGCCCAAACAAUUGAUUUUUUGGCCAAUGAUAUAAUUAUCAGGUAUUUCGGAGCUCACCCCAGCCAAGAAAUUUUAUUAGACAAUAUUGCGAGAGGAAAAUUCAGGUGUUAUAGCGGUUUAGUUUAUGAGCCACUGUUCGUAGACUAUAGUACAAAAAGAGCUUUUUUCAGCACAUUCACUAUGGAAAAUUACUUAAAAGUCAUUAAAUACAAAUACGGUUAUUACGGCAUAAGAGUUCCCAUUGAAGGCGGGAUGGCUUUGGCAAAUCAACACGAUCCUCAAAAAAUUGAGAAUUCUGCUACAGUAUUGGACCAGUUAGGGGUAGCUUACAAUAUGAAGGAUGAUUUCAAUGAUUUAUUAGUAAAUACAACUCAAAAAGAAAUCACUGAUGAUAUGGACAAUUAUAUUACUCAAUCCAAGUUUACUUGGUUUGCUGUUAAGACCUUGGAGCUAGGAAAUGCUGAUCAAAAAAGAGUAUGGCAGCAACACUACGGAAUCAAGAAGCAGGAAAGUAUAUUGAAGGUGCUCUCUGUCUACCAAGAGCUACGGCUAGAGCAACUAUUCCAAGAAGAAAAGGAUCGCCAAAUUAAGUUUUUAAAAGAAGAAAUUCCGAAAAUUAGGAAUGGGGUUCCGGAAAAUGUGCUAUAUAGCUUAGCUGAAGGAUUGCUAGAAGUUAAGCUUAGGAAUUAAAUAAAGAAACUGUUUGAAAACCUAAA